AUGGCAGGAUUUAAAGCCAUCAUCAUCGGCGGCGGCCCAGUGGGCCUGUAUCUAGCUCACGCCUUCCAAGCAUCCGGCAUCGAGUAUGCCCUUUUCGAACAACACGAUGCUAUCCCACCAAUCACCUCCUUCGGCAUCUUCUUCUGGCCUCAAGCUAUAAGGCUGUUCCACCAGCUGGGGCUUUUGGACAAGCUCCAGAGCAUAGGAGUCUCGAUGGAAAAGACGAUACAUCGAUUAUUUGACGGCACAUAUCUAAACAAGACUACGGACUAUGCACUACUUUCAAAGCUCCAUGGAUAUGAGAUGCUUCUGUUUGAUCGAGGGUCCUUUGCUCAGCUUCUCCUGGAUAACCUACACGAUCACCAGACGCGUGUGAAAACUGGGAAACGACUGAACAAAAUCAUUAGCAAUCCUGAUGGGGUCAAAGUAGAGUUUUCGGACGGCUCGUCUCAGCAAGAAUCCAUCGUCAUUGGAUGUGAUGGAAUUUGGAGCACUGUGCGACAAAUAAUGAGACGAAUGGUCCCCAAAGAGCUCUUCCCAGCAAACCCCUUCACAGCGUCAUAUCGCGGUGUAUUCGGGCGUGCUCCGACAUUGAAAGGCUUCAAGCCGGGCCAUCUAAUCAAUAUCCAUGGGAAUGGGCGAGACUUGCAGCUCGUCACCUCGGAUAAGGAGACACAUGUCAUCACCUAUGAAAAGAUUGAGACCACCAACGAGCAGAGAAACUUCUCCGAGAAAGGUACGGAAGAGUAUGUGACACCUUUGCUGGAUAUCCCCGUGGCGGACGGCGUGGUUUUCGGUGACCUGUGGAAGAAUAGACACGCCGAAGGCAUACUCGGCAUGUGGCAUUGGGAUCGCGUGGUGCUCGUGGGCGAUUCGGCUCAUAAGAUGAUGCCCCACCAAGGCACCGAGGCGAAUAAUGGCAUCGAAUCUGCGGCCUCCCUGACGAACAAUCUUGCAGCACUAUUGCGGUACAGACCUGAACCCAAGAACCAUGACCUUAGACGGGCAUUCGCUGCAUACCAAUCCGAAAGAGAGGGCCCCGCCAGCAUUUGGGCAAACAUGGCGCGUUUUAGUCUCGAUCGCACGACGCAAAACGAAGGGCCGUUUCUCGAUGCGGUUCGCGUAAUAGACGAACGAAUACCGCCUUUGGUUGCCGCUAGUGUACGCUUAAAUACGAUUCUAUUUGAGAAUGAAAAGCAGGGCACGCUUCCUUGGUCUUACAAACGGGAUGGGCGAAAUCCCUCCAAAACGCCCACCCCAAAGCUGUAGGCCUGUUGCAAAUGUGUUAGGGCCCAGAGCAUGGUUCGAAGAACACACCGCCUUAUGGUUGUACCAUGACACUAGAAUAGCGAGGAUUCUCAUAGAAUCGCAUCUGAAGGUCACAAAAUUGCGUGUUGACACGCGAUCUUGACAGGAUAUUAGUCGGCUGCUGGCCGAAUUCGUUGGCCUACGAGAUCCUGA